AUGGAGACAUCUGCUCACAUUGUUUUCUUUUUGACACUUUUGCUUUCAGUUCAAAUGACUCUUCUCGCAUCUUCCUCAUCUGUGCAUGCAGACAGUGAAUUUGUAUCCGGUCUUAUUGGUCAAACUGUGACUUUACCAUGUGACUACAACAGGAGUGAUUUCAUUUGGGUUGCAUGGUACAAACAAAUGGUGGGAAAGAAGCUGGACCUCAUUUCACAAAUGUUUAGGUAUCAAAAAACAGUCAUGAAGAAUCCACGUUACAGUGUGAAAAGUCAAAACCAAAAAUAUCACUUAAAUAUUUUGAACCUACAAGACUCUGACUCCGCUACGUACCACUGUACCAUUUGUUUUGCUGCAUCAAUAGAUUUCUUAAAUGUGGUUACAGUCAAUGUAAAAGGUUCAGGUUCAACCAUCCAGACUUCAGUGCAUCAGUCGUCCUCUGAGAACAUCCAUGCAGGAGACUCUGUGACUCUGAACUGUACAGUACACACUGGGAGCUGUGAUGAAGAACACAGAGUUUACUGGUUCAAAGACUCUGAAGACUCUCAUCCAGGACUCAUUUACACUCAUGGAGGCAGGAAUGAUCAGUGUGAGAGAAAGAACAACACACAAACACACAGCUGUGUCUAUGAGCUGUACAUGAAGAACCUGACAGAGUCUCAUGCUCGGAUCUACUACUGUGCUGUUGUCUCAUGUGGACACAUACUGUUUGGAAACGGGACCAAACUGGAACUCACAGACUCUUCAGCUCCUCUUAACUCUGUGAUUCUGAACAGUUUGGUUGGAUUAUUGACGGUCAUGAGCGUCCUCGUUGCUUUUCUGUUUUUUCUGCUGUGGAAAAACCACAAGAGCAACAACUGCACCUCCACAGAGGAAAGAUCGCCUGCUGCCCCCUUAAGAAGCUCAGAGGCUGAGAACAAAGACGCAGAAAGCCUCCAUUAUGCUGCUGUUAAUGUUAAGAAGUCCAGCAGAACAAAAAGUCAGAAGAACGACUCCAACACCGACUGUCUUUAUGCGAGUGUGAGACAGCAGAACUGAACCUGCUUUGUUUUUUGGUUAUUUUUUACACAACACCACAUGACAUUUAAAACAUUUAAAUUAUUUAAAUUGACAUGUUAAUAAAGAAAGAGCUGAACUUCAUCGGGUCAUGUAAAAAUCUAAGAUAAAAAUAAAAACUUUACUCAAAUAA